AUGAAUGGCCAGGAGAACGGGACAGGAACAACACCAGACGGCCGCUGCAAAUAUCAAGCGGACUAUGAAGCGGACCUCAGAGCAAUCCGUGAUGCCUCGGGCAACAACAUUUGUAACACGGCACAAGAGAUUCUACCUGCUGCAAAGAAGGAGGACUUCUUGGUGAUCCUGGGCAUCUGGCCCGACACGGACAAGCCUUAUGUGGCCGACAAAGCUGCAAUCAUUCCCCACACCCCCGGCUACGAGGGUCAAGUGUAUGCCGUCACCGUCGGCUCUGAAUCUCUGUAUCGCGGCAACUUCACCGGUGUGGAGCUUGCAGCCAAGAUCAGAGACAGCGUCAGCGGGUCGACCAACAAGCCCGAGGUAUGGGUAGGCGAGACUGGUGAGUCGGCCGGACGUAUCUUUUCGUCGCCAUGCCCUGAUCGUGUGUUCAAGUCUUCAGGGUGGCUCAGCGAUGGCGCAGAAUACCAGAACGCCAUGCCCGGACAUGGCAACGCUCAAGCUUUCUACAGCGACGGUGUCUGCGGAAUGGUGAAUUGGGGCUUCAACCCCUGGAAGCCUCACGCCAUUGGCAAGGACGGCGGCGAGGCUCCUGAGACUCACUGGGGUGGAAUGAAGGCUGACCGCACGGCCAAGUAUUCGCUCCUGUGUUGA